AUGGCCGUAACUUCGAUCAUCUUAUCUUAUCCCAUCUUUACUCCGGGGGUUCUUGCUAUUAUCGGUCUUUUCAUAAUAUGUCUCUAUUGUCUUAAAUGGCGCUAUCGCUCAGGUCUCCGAUCAAUACCUGGCCCAUUCCUGGCCUCUAUCACAAAUUUGUACAGAUUUUUCGAUGCCUGGAGCUGGAAAUGUCAAGAUAAUCAACUGGCACUUCACGAGAAAUAUGGGAAGUUCGUUCGGUACGGUCCCAACCUAGUUUCUAUAUCAGAUCCAGAAGCAAUACAGGUGAUCUACACAAUCAAUAAAGGAUUCGUUAAGUCCCCCCUUUACAAGGUCUUUUUUGUCCUUUCGAACGGUAAAACGAUACAGUCAAUGUUUGAUACUCAAGAUGAAUUGUAUCAUCAGUCGAUGAGAAAGCCAAUCAGCCAUGCUUUCGCAAUGUCCCAUUUGAUGGACUAUGAGCCGUAUGUGGACUCAACUUCAAAGUUUUUCACUUCCAGACUUACGGAACUCUAUGCGAAUACUGGAGAUAUAUGUGAUUUGGGGGAAUGGUUGCAAUAUUACGCAUUCGAUGUUAUUGGAGAGCUUACAUAUUCGAAGCGGUUGGGAUUUCUUGAUCGAGCGAAGGAUGUAGAUGGCAUCAUGAGGUCAAUUGAUAAGUCUUUUGACUACGCGGGUGUUGUCGGUCAAAUGCCUUGGUUGGAUACAUUAUUAGAAAAGAACCCCAUCUGGAAUUACUUCAAUCCUCCCACUUCAGCAGUUGCAGCGUUCACCCUUGAUUGUAUGGCUGAACGCAUGGUAGAGCCUGAUCUCAAGAAACCUGAACAGCAGCGUGAGAUGGAGAAAGGCAAUUUACGAAAACAAGAUAUGCUUGCGAGAAUGAUCGAAGCACAUAAGGCUGACCCAGAAAAGGUUACCCCAGCUCACAUUCUUGGCUGGGCCAGCAGCAACACAUACGCUGGUUCAGAUACAACAGCAAUCUCCUUGCGUGCAUUAUUCUAUCACCUUCUCAAGAAUCCUGGCUCAAUGGAAAAACUUCUUUCUGAAAUAAGCAGCUUUGAAGGAUUAAGCAAUCCUGUUAGUUGGACUGAAGCAAGGAAAAUGCCAUAUCUUGAGGCGUGCAUCAAAGAAGCUCUAAGAAUCCACCCGGCUCCAUCGAUGCUCCUUGAACGAGUUGUGCCAAAAGGUGGUAAGGAUAUCUGUGGCAGGUUUUUUGGAGAGGGCACCAUUGUUGGAAUAAAUCCUUGGGUUGUUCAAAGGGAUAAAGAUGUUUAUGGUGCCGAUGCAGAGCUCUGGCGACCAGAAAGAUGGUUGGAGGCAGGCGAGAUAUCAAGGAAGAGAAUGGAUAGAACUGCUUUUGCGUUCGGAGGAGGAAGCAGAGCCUGUAUUGGGAAAAACAUCUCUUAUUUGGAAAUGUAUAAAGUAAUUCCCCAGCUUUUAAGAACCUUUCAUAUUGAACUGGCAUAUCCCGAAAAAGAAUGGACGCUACAUAACAACUGGAUUCACAAGCAAUCCGGCUUACUUGUAAAACUCACACAGAAGGGUUUCUAA